CAGGAAAAACAUCAAAUCAUAUGCAAUAAGACUAAAGAAUCGCAGAAAAGACGGAAACAAUUUGAUUCCCAUAAACAAAGGGGCGAUUUGGAGGCCGUCAAUGGCUUCCCGGUGUCGACGCCGCCAUCGAGACCUACGGCCGGACACACAGACCACAAGCAUAAGACGACCACAACUGCCUCCACAGCCAACAGCACAUCCAAUUGGAGGGCAAAACACGAAGAGUUUCUGCGAACAGUGCGGGCGGCGAGGGGUGAGAAAGUGGAUGAGCCCGCGGCUGAUGGCGUGGCUGCCGAGAGCGGCGGCCCUCGAGUGCCCGUCGGUUACAUAGUGUGUGACUUUUGUGGCCGCAAUUUCUCCAACAAAGCCGCCGAUCGACACAUACAGUGGUGUCGCGAACAGAAGGCACGGAUCCCCCGCUCGGCCAACAACGCCAUGGCCUUAGAGCGCAUGAAAGCCCGCACUAAAAAUAACCUAAACACUCAGUUAGUAGUCGAGAAUAUUCUGUUUGCUAAACAUUAUAAGCCGAAAGCAAGCAAAUCAUCGCCCAAAACGGAAACUCCGGCCCAUCCUAUCGGCUCGACAACGACCGGCACCGCAACCAAUGGCACCAAAGUGUCGGCCGGCGCCGUAACCAACGGCACUAAAGCCGCGGCCCAACGAUCACAGGCGUCGGGCGCCCGAUCGCAACCGCCAACACCGCCCGUGAAUCGCAAGACAACAACCGUAAGGCCGUCGCCGCCAAACUCGCUGAAGAUGUCACCCAAACCGCAGCCAAAGAACGGCACCCGAAAGACACCGCCGUCGCCGCCGACCACUAAAUACACACAGAAUCGGAUCAACUCGUUGUCGCGGCCAAAGAACAACUCACCCGUGGGCUCAGCCGAACAGCUCAUCAAACACACGGAACCGGUGAUGAAGUUUAAGGAGAAGUUCCCGAACCACACGAAUAUGACUCGUUUGGACGGAAAUUUCACCAAAAAUCGUGAGAUAAUUGAACUCUUGAAGAAGACAGAGGUGUAUAACGGAGGCCCGCGGACUGUGCCCGGAGUGCGCACCGGAGGCAUGUCUCCCGUCAAGAGUGACAGUCAAAUGGGCUUUCAAAACGGACAUUACAAUAACAACACAAAUGGCAACCAAUUGUCUAGCGAUGAGGAAGAGCUGAUGAAACUGAAGACCAGAAUCGAGGAUUUGUAUCUGAAUGGCGGCACCAAAUCACAGGCCAAACAAAUCAACGGCAUUGUGAUCAACGGCCAGACCAAUGGCCACCGAAAUGGCAACCACUUCGCCGACAAUCAUACGGGCAGUGAGAGUACGACCCGCGGCAGCACCAGUGGGUCGAGUGCCGACUCGUCUUCCAUACACACACCGCCCAGAGAUAGGGCUAACUCGAUGUCGGACGCGGGCACCCGAUCGCAGGCCUCGUCGGCCGCGAGCACCGGUGCCGGCAGUGGUAGCGCUAAUGGAGGGAUACCUAAGUUUUGUCACCAGUGCGGCACCAAAUACCCGUCUACUAUAGCCAAGUAUUGCUACGAGUGUGGCUCCAGGAGGUUGGGCACUGUCGGCCCCUUUAUAUCACCUUAA